GGUCUCGUUGCCUGCAUGAGUGUCUGCUGCCUGCCUGCCUGACUCUGGACCGUAGUUUGCCCGCUUUCCUGCCGUCGCUCCGCAGCUGGAUGGCGUGGGACAUGUGCAACCAGGACUCUGUAUGGAGUGAUCUCGAGUGUGCUGCUCUGGUUGGCGAAGACCAGCCUCUUUGCCCAGAUCUCCCAGAACUUGACCUCUCCGAACUAGAUGUGAACGACCUGGACGCAGACAGCUUUCUGGGGGGACUCAAGUGGUACAGCGACCAGUCAGAAAUCAUCUCAAAUCAGUACAGCAAUGAACCCGCCAAUAUAUUCGAGAAGAUAGAUGAAGAGAGCGAGGCAAACUUGCUAGCCGUUCUCACUGAAACGCUGGACAGCAUCCCCGUGGAUGAGGAUGGAUUGCCUUCAUUUGAUGCACUGACAGAUGGAGAUGUGACCAACGAAAAUGCCGCUAGCCCUUCGCCAAUGCCCGACGGCACCCCUCCAACUCAGGAGGCAGAAGAGCCGUCUCUACUUAAGAAGCUCUUGCUGGCUCCAGCCAACACUCAGCUAAAUUACAAUGAAUGCAGUGGUCUCAGCACACAAAACCAUGCAAACACUAAUCACAGGAUCAGAACAAGCCCUGUGGUUGUUAAGACUGAGAAUUCAUGGAGCAAUAAAACGAAGAGCAUUUGUCAACAGCAAAAGCCUCAAAGACGUCCCUGCUCUGAACUUCUCAAAUAUCUGACUACGAAUGAUGACCCUCCUCAGACCAAACCAGCAGAGAACAGGAACAGCAGCAAAGAGAAAUGCACCUCCAAAAGGAAGCCUCAUCUGCAGUCUCAGACAAAUCAUCUGCAAGCCAAACCAACAAGUUUAUCACUUCCAUUGACGCCCGAGUCACCAAAUGAUCCCAAGGGUUCCCCAUUUGAGAACAAGACUAUUGAACAAACCUUAAGUGUGGAACUCUCUGGAACUGCAG